GUGUGCGCAUGCAGGUGAACACGACCUGCACGUGUACGAGGGCACCGAGCAGCGGCGCGCCGUGGUCAAGGUCCUGGUCCACCCCGGCUACAACAAGUCGAGCCACGACAGCGACGUGGCCAUGCUGCGGCUGCAGCGCCCGGUGAAGCUGGGCCUCUACGUGGUCCCGGUCUGCCUGCCGGCGAGGAACAGCACCUUCAGCCACACGCUCGGCGCCGUGCGCCACUCCACCGUCUCCGGCUGGGGCCGCCUGGCGCAGUUCGGCGCCACCGCUAGCGUGCUGCAGCGCCUGACCCUGCCGCGCGUCUCGCUGCAGGAGUGCCGACAGCACACCAGGCUCAACAUCACCAGGAACAUGUUCUGCGCCGGGCUGAAGGCGGGCGGCCGAGACGCCUGUAAGGGCGACAGCGGCGGCCCCAUGGUGACCUACUACAAGAAGACCUGGUUCCUGACCGGCGUGGUGAGCUGGGGCAAGGACUGCGCCAAGGAGAACCUGUACGGGGUCUACGCCAAAGUCAGCCGCUUCGUAGACUGGAUCCAGGGCGCCAUGGCCAACAACUGAACGCCACUCAGGACGCUUAACCAUCCUGGUGUCUUCAAGAAGUUUUUUCCUUCAAACUAAAUGUCUAAAUAAUACCGUGGAUGGUUGACUACGAUGCUCUUCACAAGUUAAAUAAAUGAUCAAUUCAUACAUUG